CUUUAGCGAUUAGCUCAGGACGAAAACAAAGAGAUAAAAUAAAAUGCAAUGAAAAAAAUAAUUGGGUUCGAAUUGAUUUUUAGACAAAGUUGAAAUUUCCCCUUUCCUUCGUAUUCUUAUCAAAGCAGUUUCGAGUUAGUCCAAAAGUUGCAACCCCUAGACGAAGUUCCUAAUCUUCCUAUAAAAAAUAAUGCUACAGCCUAAAGUUAUUUCUAAAAAAAUAAUCAUUUCCAUUAUAUAAGACCCCAUAGACCAUAGUAGAGAGAGACUCAGGGCACAGAUCAUUGACACAGAACUUGUAAUAUGGCACAAGAAUCAGCCUCUCCUCUGUUUACGUGUGUGGAUGAUUUUUACUCCUCAGCAGUUUUUGAUGAGAAUGAAGCUUGGAAUUUUUUCGAUGUAAUGGAUGAAAAGUGCGCAGAAGAGUUGCAGCUCCAAGAGGCUCUUAUGGGCUGUGUGGUCGAUUCCCAAUUGGUCAACAAGGAACUGAAGGAAGCCUCAUCGUCAUUGCAAUUACCAUCAUCACCAAAAAUACAAGCAGUUCUUCCAACCCCAGAAGCAGAGCCUACAAAAGAAGCUGGAGAAUCAUCGCAUAGCUUCUGUGAGAUUUGUGUGGAAAGGAAAGAUAGUGACCAGAUGUUCAAAACUGAGAGCUGUGUUCACUCAUUUUGCUCUGAUUGCGUUGGCAAACAUGUUGCCACAAAGAUCCAGGAGAGCAUAACCGUUGUUACUUGCCCUGGAUUGGACUGCAAGGGUGCCAUAGAACUCGAUGCUUGCAGGGCAGUGCUUCCCAAAGACGUGUUGGACAGGUGGGACGAGGCGCUAUGUGAAGAGCUGUUUGGUUCCCAGAGGUUUUAUUGUCCUUACAAGGAUUGUUCAGCAAUGUUGCUGAAUGAUAAUGAAGAAGGAGAAGCUAUUAGGGAGUCAGAGUGUCCAUUCUGCCAUAGAUUGUUCUGUGCACAGUGUUCUGUGCCGUGGCAUUCGGGGGUGGAUUGUGAAGCGUUUCAGAGACUGAAUGAGGAUGAGAAAGAGAGGGAUGAUCUCAUUUUCAGGGAGCUUGCUAAGGAGAAGAAAUGGAGGAGCUGUCCCCAUUGCAAAUAUUAUGUGGAAAGGACUGAAGGUUGUUUACAUAUCACUUGCAGGUGUGCGUUCCAGUUUUGCUAUGGAUGUGGAGCUCAGUGGACUGACGAUCAUGGUGGUUGCCAGAGAGAUUAAAUGAAUAUAAUAAAUCAUUAUAAAGAUGUUAUCAUAAACAUUGUACUAUUAGUAUGGAUAUAUUACCUCAUCCUUUUGCUCUUAAUAUUGAUAAAAAUGUUAGUGUUAGAGGACCAUGUCUCAAGAUUU